AUGGUCGAUUUAGACUGGAAAUCUAAGAUGGUGUCCUCCGAUAUACCUAGUAAAUCGCCGAAACUCUCGAAUAAACUCAAGAUUUCGAUACCACCACCGGCUAGAACCGGCGAUUUAGCGCCGGCUUCUGAGGCUGCUUGUUCGGCUUACGAGCACUACCUUCGACUUCCGGAGCUGAAGAGGCUUUGGGGUUCGAAGGAGUUUCCGAAUUGGAAAAAUGAGUCUGUUCUUAAACCGGCUUUGCAGGCUUUGGAAAUUACGUUCCGGUUCGUUUCGACCGUUUUGUCCGACCCUAGACCGUAUGCGAAUCGGAGGGAAUGGAGGAGAAGGCUCGAGUCUCUAAGCAUGAGUCAGAUUGAACUCAUAGCGAUGUUAUGUGAAGAUGAAGAAGAGGAUAGCGAGGCACGUGGCACAGCCCCAAUCGUUGAUUUGACAUCAUCCGAUGGUGUAUUGUCUCGCGAAAACAGCUCGGCGGAAGUCUGGAAGCUCGCCGGAGAUGCGACGGUGGUGAGUCGAACCAGCGAAGCUAGCUUGCUUCCACGGCUGGCCUCGUGGAAGAAAUCGGAGGAUAUUGCAGAGAAGAUUUUGUACUGCAUCGAGUGCGAGAUGAGGAGGUGUCCGUACACCCUAGGUUUGGGCGAGCCAAACCUCGCCGGAAAACCUAGCUUGGACUAUGAUCUGGUCUGCAAGCCGACGGAACUUCGUUCUCUGAAGAAAAGCCCCUCCGAUCAAGCAAAUUUGGAUAAUUUCGAAAAUCAAACUCUCUACACGACGCACCAGAUCUUAGAAUCAUGGAUCUAUGUUGCUCAACAGCUCCUGAAUCGCAUCACAGACCGAAUCGAUCGCAAGGACAUCGACAAAGCAUCAAGUGAUUGCUGGUUAGUGGAGAAGAUAUGGAAACUCUUAGCAGAAAUCGAAGAUCUACAUUUACUAAUGGAUCCGGACGAUUUUCUCCGAUUGAAAAACCAGCUCUCGAUUAAAGCAUCGACGGCGUCCGAAUCAUUCUGUUUCCGAUCAAGAUUGCUCAUCGAGAUCACGAAGCUCUCGAAGGACUUGAAGCACAAAGUUCCGAACAUCCUUGACGUUGAAGUGGACCCAAAAGGAGGUCCAAGAAUACUAGAAACCACCAUGAAUCUGUACAUGAAAAAGGAGGGUUUUGACAGGAUUCAUCUUCUUCAAGGCUUGCAGGCCAUCGAAGCGGCGUUAAAGAGGUUUUACUAUUCGUAUAAGCAACUGAUUGCGAUUGUGAUGGGGUCUUUGGAAGCUAAAGGUAAUGGAGGUUUUGCGACGGCGGAGGAUUCGUUGGGGCAGAUCUUUCUUGAGCCGACGUAUUUUCCAAGCCUUGACGGAGCCAAGACGUUUCUGGGGGAUUACUGGAGCCAUGAACGUGGAAGGUACAGUCCGGAGAGACGAACUCGGAGGAAGAAAUGA